AUGAUUGAAAACUUAUUAAAAGGAUCUGCUAGAAGAUUAAAGCAAGAACAAAAGUCUAACCCAUUUCAAAAUGAAAUUCCACUUUGGCUACAAUGUGAAUCUUCUAUGGUUCCUCCUGAAUAUAAAUAUUUUUGGUCGCUGGUACAGUCGAAUGUUGAUUUAGCAGAUACUCAAAAAGUUUCACAGUUAUUAUUAACCAGUGGCUUACAAGUUGAAGUUUUGGGUUUUAUAUGGAAUUUAGCUAAUAAAACCAUACCUGGGCAAUUGACUAAACAAGAAUUUUAUAUUGUACUUGCAUUAGUGUUUUUGGCUCAGAAAGGAUUUAAAUAUGAUAAUGUAGGUGUUUUAAAAUCCAUGUCUGCUCCCUCAAUCCCUGCUUUACAAGUCAAUUUUUUUACAAAUCAAUUUUCUGGAGUCAAUAAAAUGUCAUACCAUUCCCACCAAAUUCCAACUUCUUCAAAUUUUAAUUUGGGUUCAGAGCCUUUAACCACUAAUAACUUCAAUUCAUCAGUAACAACUUCUAAUAGUCUCUAUGCCAAUACCAACAUUACUGAAAAAUUAGAUACUUUAGGUACGAGUUGUAAACUACCCAGAAAUGAAAAACAUGUAGAAAAUACUCAGAGCAAAAGCGAUGUUACCUCAAAUGGAAUUUUAGGCAGUUCUGAUGUUUUUAAUAAGUUUAAUACUCAUAAUCAUAACACACAAUCAAACACUAAUUUUCCUUGCAUUGGAUCAUCACCUACUUCAGAAUUAGAAAAUGAAUUUUCAGAAUUUCAAUCAGUGCCUAUUAACAAUUCAACUGAUUUGCCAAAGGACAAUUUUGGUGAUUCAAAUGAUGAAUUUACUGAUUUUCAAAGUGCCAGUUCUGAAACAGCUAUACCAUCGGAUCCUUAUGAAACAGUGGUCAUAUCACAAAAAAGAGAAAUUCCAAAAAUUCCUCUUCCCAAAAGUCUCGUAGGAAAACUUAACAAUUUGAAAUCUAACAUUUUAAAAAUUUCACCUGAAAGUGAAAGAAAAUUAAAGGUAUUAAGCUCUAGUGAAAGUUUAUCAUCAUUACCAGAAAGUAAAAUUUCAUCAACAAAUCAGGUUUCGACUAGUUUAUCAGUCCUUGGAAGUAAUCAUGGAAUCGGAAGUAGAUUAGCUAAUCAUUCUUUGAGUAUAAAGCUAGAUAGGCCAAAAAUUCAUAAACAUCACAAAAACAAGGCAAGUCCGAGUUCAUCAGCUUCAUCUAACGAAGAAGAAAUUAUUUUCGGGGUAAAAACUAAAAAUCUAGAAAGUGUCAUACCUAAAUGUUGUCCCAAAAAAUCAGUUUUUGUAUUGAAAGAAAGUAAAAUAAGUGAUGAAAACGAUAUGCUUGAUUUUGAUCAGAUCAAUUCUAGUAGUAAUACUGAAUCAUUACCAUCCGUAUCGGAAAACACGAGGAAAAUUGAGAUACCUCUGUUAGGUACUUUUAAUGAAACCGUGCUACCUACUCAAUCGAAAACCUUGCAACCUUGCGCAAUCGACUUAAUUUCAGUUCAAGAAGACAAAUACAGUGCAUUUAGAGAUUUAGAAGCAGAAAUGGUUCAAGAGACAAACGUGACUAAAAACGACCCUGCGACCACAAAUUCAAAUUCGGAUUUAGUUUUUGACGAAUUCGGAGAUUUUCUAUCUGCCGAUAUACCAGAUCCGAUAGAAAAUCCAGUGAAAAAUAAUAUCAACGAUUUAAAAAUUCCAGAGGAUUCAUUUUUAGAAGAAAAUGAUGAUAAAGAUAAUAAUAAUUGGGGAGAAUGGAAUUCAAACGUUGAAAUUAAUUUACCUCCUGCCACGACUGAAAGUUUUAACUUUGAAAACUUAAACUUAACGGAAACUAUUACCAACGGUAUCGAACAAUCUCAAACAAGAGGAGCAGAAUCAAAUUCAGAACUAUUGAAUUUCGUUUGUUUUGACGAAAAAAAAAAUGAUUUUAAUACUCCAGAACGUGGUCGUGAAAACCACGAUUUAUUUAACGAUAAUUUAAAUAUCGAAUCCUUGCCGCCUGUUUCGAAUCCGAAUCAUUUACAUUCCUCAAAUGUAAAAACUGUUAGUGAAUCAAAUCAUUUAAUAGAUAAUUUAAAGGAUAACGAUUCGUGGGAAUUUUUUUCCGCUCCCAUUAAUUCAGCACCCGAAAAUUUAAGCAGGCAUAGUUCGAUACCCAGUUUGGAUUUGAAAUUACCUACGAGCGAAGAUGUCGAUCAGGAAAUAAUAUGGAAAAAAUGUUUGGAAGCGUGUCACGCCAUGAUAAAAAAUGGAGUCGAAAUAUUUGACGGCGUUAACAAGAAAAUCGUUUUGCAAGAAAUAUUUAACGAUCAAAAUUAUCACGAGCCUUUACCCGCAUACGAUGAAACGGAAAAAUUAUGGACCAAAUUAGAAGAAUUAAGUCUCGAAUAUAAGAUUGAGUUCAAACCGGAUGAUGAUACGAUAUUCGAGGGAAAAAAUAAUUGUAAAAUUUGUUUUGGAUAUCUCGGAAAUGACGUCAUCACUCAGGGUUGCCAUAAUUAUCAUCCAUCUUGUGCAAAUUUAUGGGUCAAUUGCAUCGACAAAAUAUUACCGACGCCAUCGUAG